AGCUUUGACAAAAGUUAUUGAAUUAGAUUUUUUUCUACGUUUUAAUAAUUUUGAAAUCUGAUAUAUGUAUGCAGGGUAUUGAUUUAUUGAAUACCAAAACUAUCCUUAAUUCAAUAUCGAUUUUAGGAACCAGGUUUAAGGGUGUCUCGCCCUUAGCAAAACUUCAAGAUAUUUUUCAAUGCAGUUAUCUUAGGUUACGCCUUAAAAACAUGAACAAAUUUUGAAACUAACUUAAAAAGUUUAUAAAAGGGCAGUGGCAACUUCCCGAAUCUGUUUGCUUAGGGUUUAAGAUCAAAUCGUUUGACUGCAGUUUGAUCUACUCAAAAAAAAUGAUUCUCUUAGUUAUAGGUGAGAUUAAUUGUUCUUAUUCAACAAUUUAAAAUGUGUUCUCGCCACAACAUUUCUCUCUUAUCAAAAGUAAAUGUAGUAUUUCUGCUGCAAGUGAGAAAAGUUCGCCAUCUAUUUUGGGGCGCCAUCCCAUGCCAUCCCAAUCCCCAUCCCCUAGCUUCCCGAGAGGGAAGUUCAACAGCCGCUUGGCCAGGCAGGCAGCCACACGCCGAGAGAAGGCACCGUCGCCUCAACUAACUGAACAAACUAAAGCAAAGCAUCGCCUCGGCCAGUGUGUAGAGGAAAUGUGGAGCUAUUUUUAAGCACUGGGGCGACAUUUUUCUUGCUUUCCUCUCUGCAAAAAAAAAAGAAAAACAAAAAGAAUGUGCGAAAAUGCGAAAAAAAGAGCAGGCCGAACGAAUAUAUUAAUAAAAGCAGCGCUGUCGCUCGCUGCGUUGGAUUUCGGGUUUGGUUCUGCUCGAGGAUCCGCUGCAUUCGUCGUUAUUUCGCCCGUGGAGUUGCACAUCGUGUCGCCGUCUCUAAGAUCACGCCAUGAAUGUGGAGAAACUGAAGCGCCUGCAGGCGCAGGUUCGCAUAGGUGGCAAGGGCACGCCCCGCCGCAAGAAGAAGGUCAUGCACCAGACCGCAGCCACCGAUGAUAAGAAGCUUCAGAGCUCGCUCAAGAAGCUAUCGGUUAGCACUAUACCCGGCAUCGAGGAGGUCAACAUUAUCAAGGAUGACCUGACCGUGAUUCACUUUAACAACCCGAAAGCCCAGGCCUCUCUGUCGGCCAAUACAUUUGCCGUCACCGGGCACGGUGAGACGAGGAAGGUGGUGGAAAUGCUGCCGGAUAUUCUGCCACAAUUGGGCCAGGAAACCGUGGUCCAACUCCGGAUGUACGCCAAUUCCAUGAACCAGCAAAAGGGGGCGGCAGGCGGAGAAGGAGCAGCCGUACCCACUGGAACUGAGGAGGACGAUGAUGUUCCGUUGCUUGUUGGGGACUUCGAUGAGGUUGCCAAGGUGGAGGCUUCCACUAAGCAGGAGCAGCCGCUCAAGAAGGAGCAGCACAAGAAGCAGGAGCCAAAACCACAGCAACAGAAACCUCAGGAGACAGCCAAGCCCAAGGACAAUAAGAAGGCUCAGGCCCAGGAAGGCAAGAAAAAGGAACAGCAGCAGCAGCCGCAGGGAAACAAGGAUAAGCAGAAUAAGAGCAAAGAACAAGUUAAGGAUCAAUCCAAGGCUCAGCCACCGGCUCCUCAAGCUGACAAGGAGAAGCCUGUUCAAGCAGCAGCAGCUCCUCCACAAGCUAAGCAAGAUCAGAAGAAGGACUCACCAAAACCCACUGACCAGCAGAAGGAACAAAAGCUGGAGAAACCCAAGCCAACCGAGCAGAAGACACCUCAGCCGAAGGCCAACGAAGCCAAGAUGGCUGAGCCACAACCUAAGCCAGCUGCUCCUAAAAUUGAACAAAACUCUCAACAGAAAGUCCCUGAAGUCAAGACCCAACCAGAACAACCAAAGGUUGAGGUCAAAGCAGCAGGUGAGCCCAAACCCGAACCACCCAAGGCUUGGGGCGCUCCCGGUGUCCAGACCCUGGCCCAGAUUGUCGCCUCGGAGCCACCCAAACAGGCAGAGAAACCAGCUGCAGAAGCAACUCCUGCUCCGAAAAGUGAGGAACCGAAAAAAGUGUCACCCCCUGUUACUCCGCCAGCUAAAAUAGAGCCCACAAUUGCUCCUACUGCAGCUACAACUAUUACAGCAGAGUCUACCAAGAGUGUUGCUCCUUCAGAAGUGCAGCCAAAGAGUGCUCCCAAGCAAGAAUCACCUCCCAAGAGUGCUCCACCAGCAGAGGUGGCUCCCAAGAGUGCUCAGGAAAAGCCAAAGCAAGCCUCUCCUCCCAAGAAUGUAGCGGAGAAACCAAAACAGGGAACUCCUCCCCAGAAUACUUCGGAGAAACAAAAACAAAAGACUCCACCACCGGCCAAGCAACCGACGACGCCACCCGUAGAAGCAGCCAAGGCGCCAGUGACCGAGGUUGCUAAAGCUCCAGCUCCAGACGCUACCAAGGCCCCAGCUCCUGAAGUUGUCAAAGCUCCAACUCCUGAAACUCCUAAAGCGCCAGCUCUCGAAGCCGUCAAGGCCCCAGCUCCUGAGAUAGCCAACACUCAGCCAGCCAAGGCUCAAGAGCCAGUUGCAGCUGCUCCUGAAAAGCCAGCAGAGACUCCAAAACCAGUGGCAGCACCUGCACCUGCUCCUGCUCCCACUCCCAAGGAGACGCAGGCGAUCAACAAGCAAGUGACACCACCUGCUACGACUCCAGCGGCAGCUGCAACUCCCACAGCAGAGGCUCCUUCACCAGUGGCUCCCUCCCCAGUGGCUCCUUUAACGCCACCCUCAACUCCCACCUCGGCUCCACCAUCUGCGGCCGCUGUGACCCCGCCAUCGCCAGCUGCUGCCGUGACUCCACCAUCGCCAACGGCAGCAACUACUCCUCAACCACAGAAGCAGGCGCCUCAGAAGAAGCAAGAGGCACCUGGAGGACAGAAAUCCAAGCAGCAGCAAAAGCCACAGCAGGCACAGAAGCAACCACCAGGAGGAGGAGGUGGAAACAAGCCCCAGCAGCAACCGCAGCAGAAGCAAACAAACCCCAAUGCCAAUGCUAAGCCUGCAGUGGCUCCAAAGCCGGCCCAGGCCGCAGGGAAGCCCUCGCCACCAAAGACAGCUAAUCAGCCGAAUCCUCAGCAGCAGCAACAGCAGGCCAAGCAGUCCAACAACAAGGCAUCGCCACCAAAGCAGACAGGAGGACCACAGCAGAAGCCGGCGACAAACUCACCCAAGGGCACGCCCUCGCCCAAGGCUGCCGCCUCGCCGAAAGCAAACUCCCCCAAGACCGGAACACCGCCCAAUCCAAAUCCAAAUCCCUCUCCCGCUGCAGCCUCUCCUCAGGCUCCAGGUGGUGCCAAUUAACCCAACUAGAUUCAAUCUUUAGAUCGGCAAACCUUGCAUUUUGAACUUACCACGCAUUUUCGAACUCAGUUUUUCGGUUUUUUCAGCUACCUUUUUAUUUUUCUGACU